GAGGCACGAAUCUCAGGUAAUCAUGACCAGGACUACUCUAUGCUUACAUUUAUUAGCUGCCACUUGCAAUAUCUGCUUUGUAGCAGGAGAGCAUUGGAGUUAUGAUGAUACGAACUGGAAGGAGACGUGCGCCACCGGAUUGAGUCAGUCGCCCAUCAAUCUGGAUAUAGCGACUGCCGUAAUCACACAGCAUGACCCUAUAAAAUUCAAUUACUAUGACGUCACUGGCUCGGUCACUGCCACGAAUAAUGGGCAUACAGAAUUAGUGCAAGGGUUUCACUCGUGGGAUCGCAGACCUUAUAUAACAGGAGGUCCGCUAAAGGGAACAUAUUAUUUGCAACAAUUUCACUUUCAUUGGGGUGAAUUUGAAAAUACUGGCAGUGAACACACUCUGGAUCAUGCGCGUUAUCCUAUGGAGAUCCAUUUUGUACAUCUUCUCGAAGGUUUCAAUGAAACCACUGCGCUAGGUGUCAAAGAUGGAAUUACUGUGGUAGCAGUAAUGGUACAAGUUUCCUCGGACCACAAUGCGCUAGCGAAUCUAGAAGACGCUUUCCUGGCGACAAAUACCUCAAAUCGAGAAGUACUAGUCAAUAGCUACACUCCAGCAGUAUUAUUACCAAAUGAUACCACAACUUACUUCCAUUAUGAGGGAUCACUAACUACACCUCCUUGUACUGAAGGAGUGAACUGGAUAGUUAUGGCUGAACCCAAAUAUGUUUUACCUACUGAGUUGAAAUUCUUACGACAGCAUUUGACAACGGAAGGAAAGGUGUUGAGUUACAACUGGAGACCAACACAACCAGUGAAUGACAGGACUGUCUAUCUGAAUAGGAGACAGGCAGGCACUAAUCUAGCAGUAGCAGCUCUUCAAACACUAAUCGUUACCAUCCUUUCUCUGGAUCUUUUGCGUCAUCACCUCGCAGAAGGUGAAAAGGUCUUGGACCAUAAGUGGAGACCAACACAGCCACUUAAUAGUAGAACUGUGUAUCUGAACAGGAAAAGCAAUGCUGGCACCAGUCUGGAGUUAGCUGUGCUUCCACUACUGAUUGCCUCAACGACUGCGUAG